AUGACAGAACUCCACGAAGCCCUCUCAUACCUAAAACCAGUAUCCUGGGACGAAAUCCCCCCUUCCUCCUCAGCAAGCGACCUACACAAAUACAUCCGCGAAAUCCUCACCAAAGCGCGCCUCGUCGCCGAAACAGUCCCCGAACAAAACCCCUCCAGCGCAUCAUUAAGCGACAUCGGAACGAGCGCAGCGUCAAUCCUAAAACAGACACCCGCAGGAUCCUUUUCACAGAAACAACUCGAUACCCUACGGAAAGAAUGGGGGAAACCCAUCAAGAUGAAUAAUGCAAAGGAGAAUCCCUUGAAUAUUCCGAUUUAUAAAUUAGCGGGUAAGGAUGGGAAAGGUGCUUGGUUUGCGCGGAGGAGUGUUCAUAAGGGAUUGCCGUUUAGUAGAUGGAAGUCGAAGAUGCAGGUUGAAAUGGGUGAGACGCUGAAGGCGCGUCAGGAGGAGAUUAAACAAGGUCGGACACCGGCGACGAGUAUACGGGGUAUUGGUGGGGAUAGACUGUUAGCGGACGUCGAUAUUCGAGAUCCCAAUACGGAUAAGAUGGUUGGUAAAGUGGAGGUUUAUGAAUUGUCCGCUCAGUUUCCGGGACCGACUACGCCGCGUGAUUUUGUUACUUUGAUGAUUACUUCGGAUGUGAUGCUGGGUGAUGGGUCGGAGGGGGGGGUUGAUUUGGCGCCUACGUAUAUGAUUGUCUCCAAACCCUGUCGGCAUCCUGAUGCACCGGAGCGUGAGGGUUAUAUACGCGGUCAAUACGAAUCGGUUGAGUUGAUUAGGGAACUGCCAAUAGAGAAAUCCACGGCAAAAGGGGGUCAUGCACACCGUCCAACAAGUGCCCGGAGCGUUACUACCUACGGAGAUGAGCUUUUACAGCCGAGCAAAACAUUAGAUGACGGGACAAAAUCGACCAGCAGAGGAAGACCUAGAGGGAAGACUGAACCUCCUGUACCUUUUGACCUGGAUGGACAGACCGAAAACAAAAAUGAUGAUUCUCCCAAUCCCGUGGAAUGGAUCAUGAUCACGCGAAGUGACCCCGGUGGCAGUGUACCUAGAUGGAUGGUUGAGCGUGGAACACCAAAGAGUAUUACCGGCGACGCAGUUAAAUUCUUAAACUGGGCCUCAAAACCAGACGAGCUUGGAGAAGGGGAUGAUACUGCUGAUAUUAGCCAAGUAACCGAGAGUGUGGAAAAGGAACGACGAGAUAGAGCUGAUGAUGGGCGAGUGUCAAGCAAAGACGGGACGAUGGUUGCAGACCAGGAACCCGAUGCUGUGGGAACUGGAGACAAGGGUGCAAAACAAUUGGAUCAGUCAUUAUCACAAACCGAGAUCUAUGAUAGUACCGAUGAAGCGCAACAGGCAGACGGUAGUUUACUGUCUAGUGUUGCCAAACUAGUGCAAAAUGGAUUGCAAGGGUAUGCGCCGAGGGCAGUGCUCAGUUACAUACCUGGUAGUAUGACCCCGUCCGCUGCUAGCGAGGAACGGGAGAACCGAACUGUUACUAUGAAAGACGCCAAAUCCGGACGAAGUGAAGGCGAAAUAAGCGAUGAACCUGGGGAAGAAAACAUCGACAGCGAAGAAGCUGACGACGAUACCUCCUCAAUGGCCAGCGACGACAGUUUUGCCAGCGCUGGCUCGCACAUCUCUCCAACUCUAAGCAGGGAUCUAGCGAGUGGAGUAAACUCUGAAGCUGCCCUGGCGACAACACCACAGACAGACCCUGCCAAAUCCAAACCAACCCAAAAGGAAAAAGAACUAGCAAAACUAAACUCUCGCAAGCGAGAGAUUGAGGCCAAGCUAGCCACUAUCCAGUCCGAGAUUCGAGAACUUGUCGGACACGUGGGUAGUAGAUCUACCACAAAAAGCGACGUCGACAGUAACCGCGGAAGCAUGAUCAGCGUCGAAUCCUCCAAAACCGAUCCUGCCACCAAACACAAGGACGAAGAUGAAAGCGGUAGCAGUAGUACUACGCGCGAAACACAGAAACGAAUCGACCAUCUCUCACGCUCCGAAUCGAAAUUGGUCUCGAGACUCAGUAAGAUUGAGGCUCAACAGCUCAAGAUCAUUCGGAAACUGGAAGCGGAUCAACGCAAGGCUGCGGGUCGUGAGGAGAAGACGCGAACUAAAUCGGAGGUUGAUAGUCUUCGAAAGGAGAUUACUAGUCUUAGGCAGGAAGUGCGUGAACUACGUGAUGAGAGGGCCAAGUGGUUGGAUAUUGUGGGGAGGUUGCAAAAAGAGAAUACAACUUUGGUUGCAAGGAUGCAGAAGAGUGGACAGAGUGCAUCGGGUUAUGGGACGGAUUGAUGAUACCUAGAUGGUUUUGAUAACUUGUAUAUUUGAGGCUGGCGCAAGGGUAUUGAGACUUGGGCGUCGAAUUGGAGUUUGUACAUGGUCUUUACGAUUAUACAUUUUACGGUUUAUUUGAGCAUGCAAGACGCAUGCUGUGUACUGUAUGUGAUGACAAUAAUGACUUCCGAUAUGACGCUG